AAAAUUGAGUUGAGUAAAAAAGUGCCGCUGUUAGAUUUUGGUGAUCAGCGUCGCAAAAUCUUUAAUUUUCGGAUAAAUCCUUUAAGCUUAUUUAAUUAAAGUAAUAGUAUUUUAAUUUUAGUGUUAGUUUACGUUUAGUAAUAAUAUUAUUUUUGGUAUCGUGUUGCUUGGUGAAAUUGGUUGAAAUCCUAAACCAGUUGUAUUGUGUAAAGGACGUUCGUUGGGCGUAAAAAGAAAAUGGCGUGUGCUACACUGAAAAGAAAUUUGGAUUGGGAGGCUCAGCUGCCUGCUAAAAGAAGAAGAUGUGCUCCGUUUGCUGCAAGCUCAAGUACAAGCCCAGGAAUUAGAGUGUCAGAAAGUAGACCCUCAUCUUUUGGAGAAUCCGUCAGUGCACCUGCUAAGUUGACCCCAGAGCGCAUGGCCCAGGAAAUCUGCGACGAGAUCAAACGCCUGCAGCGACGCAGACAGUUGCGCGUGGCGACUGGUGUGCCAUCAUGCUCAUCGUCCAGUGGCUCCGAGGGUGACGCCUCGCCACCGCAUCGCUCCACGCAUAGCCAGCAGCAGAAGGUCACCAAUCGCGCGCUCUUCACAUUUAAGCAGGUCCGCAUGAUAUGCGAGCGCAUGCUGCGCGAUCAGGAGGCAGCUCUGCGCGCAGAAUACGAGACUGCUCUCAGCAACAAGCUUGCCGAACAGUACGAGGCUUUCGUGCGAUUCAACCUUGACCAGGUCCAGCGUCGACCCCCGCCCCCCACGUGCAUGCCGCUGGGCAUGGACGCCGAACACCACAUGCAUCAGGAUCUAGUACCAAGCUAUCUGUCCUAAUAAUGGUGGUGUCGACAAUGCGGUAUUAAACUGCAAAUAUAUCAAGACAAACAUAUUUGUGAAUAAUAUACGCAAGACAUUGUGAUCGCUGGUGGAAUUUUUACUGCCAUUAAUAUUGUGAAAUGCAUUUUGCUGGCCAACUAUAGAUAUACAGUAUUAAGAAUUAUAUACAAAUUUGUGUCCCACCUCUGUUAUAAUGAUUAUAAAUGAAUUGACAGUACCAUAACGUAAUGUUAAUGAUUCACAAUAUUGACAAGGUUAGAUUCCACAGCUUUGUUCAUGCCACAUACACAUAAAUUAGCUUGUAAUGCUUUAGGUAAGGUUUGCUGGAUAAUUGUGUUCAUAGACUGAGGAUGGAUGCCGGAGUGAGCCGGGACUAGCUGCUGUUCAGUUUCCAGCACUCGAAUGUGACUUGAGCCUACUAAGAGCCCAUGGUAUUUUGUAUAUUUUCUAAUCGUGGAACUAUUAGGAACCUAGUACUAACACGAAUAAUAAAUUCACGCAGAGUGCCUGUUAUGAUAUCAUUGUCCUCAGUUUUGUUAGCCAUAAUUUUGAUUGGUAUUUUGAUUGUACUUUUGUCGAAUUAUAGUUGUAUUUGAUUGGGCGCGUCAGCUGCCGUUUAUUAGUGAUCUAAUUAUUAUAUUUAUAUGACGACAAUGAGCGUCAAAGUGGUAAAAUCUAGGAGCAGUCCUUGAUUAUUGAAGUGGGAGGCACUUGAGUUGGUUUGAUUUAAUGGAUCGCAGUACUGUGUGACCAUUUUGACGCUCAACACGCCUUAUCAUGAGAAUGAUAAACUAGCUUUAUUUCUAAGUUAUUUUCUCGAUAAUGUAGAAGACUUCUCGACUGCUGUUUCGGAUAUCGAAACGCAAAUGUUACAAUGUUCUCACAGGUGAGCAUUAUUGGGAUUUUGUUUUAUAUUAUGUAGUUAGAACUUUUUAUUGAAUACAAAAAGGAUAUGAUUUGUUACCAAGCAUUAUUCAAUAAAAAAAUCUAGAAUAGUCUUUUUUUAAAUUGUAUUAUCAGCUCAUUAUUAGUAAGUCGGCGUUUAAGAACUGAAAAUAAAUUAGCUAAUUAC